AUGCACCCCCGGAUGAUAGAGAGGACUAAGGCGUCGCGGAUGAGGGCCGAAGUCAGAUGGAUGUCGCGGAACGACGCGUUGGCGAGGAUAGGGGUCGGAAUCUCGAAGGACCCAACGAGAUAUUGCUCGAAGGGGCGCGUUCUAGCGACUGAGAAAUGACACAGGAAACGUCGAAGUGUUGAGAUUCUAUGGCGUACAGCAUAUCACGUGUCUGAU